GAAUCAACGCCAGAAGAAUAAAACGUCUCAGUAUCUCACAGACAAACAGGACUUUUAACAAGACAGCAGCCUCUUCGUCUCUUAAUCAUCUUCAAGAAGCUGCGCCAUGUUGCCUCUGCUGGUUUUGAUGCUGUGUGUGACGGCGGUCCAGUCGGCCGUAAUGUCCGACCCAACACUGGAUCAGCACUGGGAGCUGUGGAAGAACCGCUACAGUAAAACCUACAAUAAGACGGAGGAGGGCUGGAGGCGGAUGGUGUGGGAGAAAAACCUGAAGAAGAUCGAGCUGCACAACCUGGAGCACUCCAUGGGGAAACACUCCUUCACCCUGGGCAUGAACCACUUCGGAGACAUGACUAACGAGGAGUUCAGGCAGAUGAUGAACGGCUACAAACCCAGAGCAGAGAAAAAGGUCAAGGGGUCAUUGUUCAUGAAGCCCAACUUCCUGAAUGUCCCAUCUUCUGUGGACUGGAGGGAGUACGGCUACGUCACACCUGUCAAGUACCAGGGCAGCUGUGGCUCCUGCUGGGCUUUCAGUGCCACCGGGGCCAUGGAGGGCCAGCUCUACAGAAUGACCGGCAGACUCGUGUCUCUGAGUGAGCAGAACCUGGUGGACUGUUCUCGACCUGAGGGGAACGAAGGCUGCAACGGUGGCUGGAUGUACCAAGCCUUUCAGUACGUUAUGGACAACGGAGGUCUCGACUCAGAGUCUUCCUACCCGUACAUGGGAGAGGACAUGCAAUGCCGCUAUGAUCCAAGUUACAGCGCCAUCAGCCUCACCGGAUACGCUGACGUUGUCAGUGGCAGCGAGGUGUCUCUGAUGGAGGCCGUGGGCUCUGUGGGGCCAGUUUCCGUUGCCAUUGACGCCGGUCAUGCGUCUUUCCAGUUUUACCAGUCAGGCAUCUACAGUGAACCGGACUGCAGCAGUGUGGACCUGGACCACGGCGUGCUGGUGGUGGGCUACGGCACAGCGCAAAGUCGUCUUUCUGAUGUAAAUUACUGGAUCGUCAAGAACAGCUGGGGCACAAGCUGGGGUGACAACGGCUACAUCUACAUGUCUAAAGACAACGACAACAACUGCGGCAUCGCCACCGCUGCCAGCUACCCUCUGGUCUGACGAGCAUCCUCACAUCGGAGCACGUUGCACUGCUGGUCUGUUUUCAUGGCCUGAAAGUGGAAAAUAAGUUCAUAAAAUCUUUAAUACUUGAUGAUUGGGAUUUUAUUUGGUUUUACUGAUAUUUCUUUAUUUGUUUUCAAAGUUAUUAAUUAGAAAUUUGAGCGUGAUUCUUUCUUUUCUCACCGACUUCUUUCCAUCUAUUUAAUGUAAUCAAUAAAAGUUGUAAACCAACAUAAGUCCAGACUGAUGUUUCUUGAUUGUUUUUAUUAAUAAAGCCAUAUCAGCUUUGUUCAUCAUGACAACAUUAAUUUAUCCUGGUCAGAAACACAUCAGUUUCUCAUUGUUCUGGUUUGAUUUGUAGAUCUAUGAUCUAAUUUUGAAACAGCUUCCUGAAGUCCAACAAGCCUUGGCACCAACUUUUACUAACAGAUAUGCAUUUCUUUUAAAGCUGUAAGUGACACAGCAAAAUGGAAAAUUAAACAGAAAACAAAACUAAAGCAGGAGAUUAAUAACAAGAGGCAUCAUGUGACCAGGUAACAAAGUGACUGUCAAUGAUUUUUCUGUGCAGUUCAAAAGGCAGGUAUGGUUUGUUUUUUGGGGGUUAUACUUGUUAAAAAGCAAAAACCAACUCAGUUGAGAAACAGAAGUUAAAGAAUUAUUUUCAAACUUGAAUGAAAACUGAGCUAACUGUCUCAAUAACAGUACAUUACAAUGUUUGAGUACUUUAUCCACCUCUGGGUAACACUAAGAUAAAUUUCAGUGAUAUUUAUUGUAGUAUUUGCUGCGGAACUAUUAAAAUUAGCUUAGCUAAUGUAGCUAUAAGAGAACAGAGUGUUUUAUAUAAAAUAAAAAGAAAAUAAUCUUCAGAGAAAUGCCUCAUGGCAAAAAAAAAAAAAAAAAAAAAGCAC